GCCAUGGCGAAGCGAACCAAGAAGGUGUGACGGAAGAGAUGGCUGGCGAGAUCCGACAUCUCGCGUGAGAUUCGCCCCUCACCUCUCGUCUGUCCCUGUGCCUGCGUGUGGUGUGUUCAGGUUGGCGUCGUGGGCAAGUACGGGACCCGCUACGGCGCGAGUAUCCGUAAGGUGGUGAAGAAGAUCGAGAUCUCGCAGCACCAGAAGUACAUGUGCGACUUCUGCGGGAAGGUGCGCACACAGAGAGAGAGCAGGGGGAUGGCGGGGAGGGAUGGGGAGGGAGGGGAGGAAGGCAAGAGCUCUCGACAUGGCAUGGCGAGGCGGGCAUCUCUAGAGCUCUCUCUCAUAUCACGUUGCCAUGCCACAACGUUGCCUGUUGCUUGGCUUGUGUCUGUCCGCAGGUAGCUGUGAAGAGGGUAUCCAUGGGCAUCUGGUUCUGCCGCGCUUCCAAUUGUCAGAAGACCAUCGCGGGAGGCGCAUGGCAGAAAACGUAAGACAGCACCAGCCAGCCGUUUCCCAUGCACUCACUCCCGAGAUAAUGUCGUGUGGUGUGUGGUGUGCGCGCGGGCUGUGUGUUGGUUCAUUCAGCACUGCGUCGGCGAUGACUGUGAAGCAGACCAUCAACCGCCUGCGCAAGAUGCAGCUCGAGACUGCCGACUGAGCGUGCGCCUGUUCGUGUCGUUUAUGCGGACAGGUGCGCGGACAUGGCGGCGGUGCGAGGGGUGUGGUUUCCUGACUGACGGCAGCUGGCUGAGAUAUGACGCGAGCGACUUUGACAGACAGUAGAGUGGAUGGGAUGGAUGGACGACCGGACUGCGGAUGGGCGUGUGAAUGAUGUGUGGCCAUUCAUUCAAUGUGCCUCCCUCCCUCGUGUGAGUGAAAGGCAGGCGGCCAUUCACUCCGCUCCACUCCACUCCCGCUCCACCACCUUGCCUGGAUCGAUCAUGAUAUCAGCUAUAUAUUAGAUAGACAGAUAGAUACACACACACACGUAUAGACGUAAACGAGUCAGU